AUGCCACCCAAGAAGAGGAACUCCUUCACUCGUUUCAAGAAGGGAUUCAAGCCCAGAAGCAGGUCCACCUCUCCCAUUCCACCACAAGUGUCUCCUCUGCCACCACCGUCUGCAGCAUCAAUUCCAUCCGCCAGGAGCCGCUCAAGAACUCCACCACCUGGAACUCUUCUCAACCGUCACCAACCACGUCCUGCCUCCCAAGGUCCUGCAGAUAUCACACCUCGCAGAGAAGCAACCAAGCGCAAGGGGAUAUCGCCUAUGGUUGAGCAAUCUUCUCCCGUCAUUGAAGAGCACCUUCGUCAACUCCAGCAACAGCGUCCACAACAAGAGCUUUGGGAGAGGAUUGGAGCUGUUGAAACUAAAGAAGUGCAAGUCGAUGAUGUAUCUGCCGCUGAUGAAGCUUCCACCGACAUUGGUUCGGAAGAUGAGCUUGAGUCGCU